CGGACGGACGACGGACGGCCGGGCGGGACGGGCCCGAGAGCUUCCCACCCAGCACCCAUCUCCAGUUGACAAGAAGAGGGCAGACCUUUCCUGGCCUGGCAGCCUAUGUAACUCUGCCACUCCCAAGUCUGCAGGACGUGCCCCUCCAUGUGCAGCUUUGCCAGUGAUGGGAAGUCUUCCCUCAGAUCUGCCUCCAACUGAGAUUGCCUGUGCCGAAGACGUCAUCUCCUUUCAUGAGAGUGCUCUUGGGGUUUCAUCCAGACAUUUGUCAAGAGCAAAGUAACAUCCCAAAGUGGACACGGGUUGGGCAUAGUGCUUGUCACCAUUUUAUGAGACAAUCUAGUCUCCACAGUGAAACAGCGGAUUCCUGACAGGCAAGACUUCCACAAAGGGCCUGCAGGGUCAGGCCAUCCACCCGGCAGACGAGUUCUGUGACACACACACUUGGAAGGCAGACGUUCUUCCUACAAUCCCUGAUCCUCCAUGGGAAACAGAAUGGGGACCUGCAAUUCCAAGGCACAGCCACGUACCUUUCCGCCAGAGACCCCAGCCAACUACAUGCUCAUCCAGUAUGGCUCCCGGUCGUGUGAGUUUCUGUAUCGGUGGACAUGUUACACCUCAGAUAACUCAGAGCUCCAGUGGCCACACUUGGGAUCCUUUGAACUUCCCAAGCUUGCUUUUCUUAAAGAAAGAUUAGUACGGUUUGGCAGUAGGGUCAGCCCAUUGGAAUGGGAUGCAUAUUCCAAAUGGCAUCUUGAAGCUUCAAAGCGUGCCCAUGAUUCAGAGGUAGCUUCCCUGCGUGACCUUGUCUUCCAGAUGGCUGAAGACAACCGACAGUUAAAAAAGAACAUAAAAGACUUGGAAGCCAAGAUUCUCUCCUCUCUGGAACGUCCACGUCCCUCCCCCCACACCACUGCCUCAGAGUCCGCUGACAAGCCAGUGAGGGACAAAGCCUCCUGUUCCCCCUGGACUAACCAGGAACUCCUAGCCAUCCUCAAGGUUUUCCCAAAAGUCACUGAAGACCCUGAGCGAUUUGCUGAUGAAUUCAAACUAGUAACCCAGGUCUACAAGCCAGGGCUAACUCAUCUCCUCCAGCUGGUUCACUUGCUUGUUGAUGAAAACCAAGCCCAGCACUGGCUGGAGACAGCUCACUGGGCAUACUGGGAGCCGAAAAGCAAGUGGCAGACACAGCAGUCCUGGGAGCAGGCCCAGCAUCUGGCCACAAGCCUCCACAGAGCUAUCCCAGAGGCUUUCCCUAGACGCGCAGAUUGGACUAAGAUUGAUGCCUGUACCCAAAGAACCAAUGAGUCUGUUUAUGAUUUUUACAGUCGAUUUAAACGUGUCUUUGAGGAAAAUUUUGGAUUUGGUACAGAUUGCAUUUCUGACAGUUCAGUCAAUGAUACCUUUAACUAUUUGUUUGUGAAACGCCUAACCCCAGGGCUUUCCGAGCUUGUUGAUAGAGCCUGUGUGGAUUGGGAAAACAUGCCCACUCAGCAGCUAGUACGUGAGGUUGAUAAGUUAUCCCACACCCAGGAGUGUGCCAACGAAAAGAAAAUUGUCGAGACCCUCAGUCAGGUGCUGCAACAGCUGGGAGCUCCCCAGAGGAUCCCUCCUGGUGUCUGCCAUUAUUGUAAACAACCUGGCCACUGGAAGAAAGAUUGCUACAAGCUGAAAAGAGCUAAGCAGUCCCUCCCUCGUAUCUCUCACUUUGGGGGGAUGAAUGCGCUGUCUGUCACCUGUCAUCAGCUGCCUUGGAAAGACUGAGAGCUAGGCCCUACUGCCAUUGGGGAGCCACACUCCCAAUGGCUUAUCUGCUCGCCGCUUGGAGAGGAGUGAGAGAGCACAGAUAGUGUCAUCCAUACCUCACCCAGUACCUGCCACUUUGUGUUUCAUGUUCAGUGUCUGGUCACCUUCUCAGCUGAGUCUUUUUAGAAAAAUGUCAUGUAGGGAUUUAUUCUAAAAGGAGGAAAUACUUUUGGAAUUGGAUGAACCAGAUUGAAUUGACUCAAUCCUAAAAGCUCCUGGCUCCCCUGGUUCCUGCAUAUGGCCACAAAAUGAGGAAGCUCUUGAGGACUUUAAACCCACCACCAAAUAUAAACUGUAUAAGGGUCUUGUGCCCUUAUCCUGCCAGGAAAGAAAUCUAACGGUUUUGAGUGCAGUUGGUUCAAGACCUCUAUGUGGUGAACAGGGCUGUUGUCCUGAAUACUCUAGCUCACUGACUUCAGUCCCUGUCGACAGCAAGUGCCUUUUUCAGUCUUGUUUGGACAGUCAGU